CAAAUGCGUCCUGAAAACACAGCCAGGCCCGUCGUCUUCCGCACAUUAAACUCCAUAAAGAGCUCACAAACUUGCCGCUAUUUAUGUUCUUUUGACGAUGGAUAAGGACGACGUUGUCUUUUAUCGGGAGCUCCCAAAAGUGGAGCUGCACGCUCACCUCAACGGCUCGGUGAGCUUCCAGACCAUGGAGAAGCUCAUGAAGCGAAAGCCACAUCUCAACAUACAACACCACAUGACGGCCAUCGACAAAGGCCAGCGGAGAACUUUGGAAGAGUGCUUUCAGGUCUUCAAGGUCAUUCAUCAGUUGGUGGACACGGAGGAAGACAUCCUGAUGGUGGCCGCAGAUGUAAUCAAGGAGUUUGCAGCUGACGGUGUCAAAUAUUUAGAGCUCAGGAGUACACCGAGAGAGGAGAAGAAAACAGGGUUGACAAAAAACAGCUAUGUGGACACUGUCAUAAAAGCCAUCCAGCAGUGUAAAGAGGAGGAGGUGAACAUUGAUGUCAGGUUCCUAGUGGCCAUCGAUCGCAGGAAUGGGACGGAGGUUGCCAUGGAAACGGUGAAGCUGGCUGAGGACUUCAUGCUUUCCACUGACGGGCUGGUGGUCGGACUCGACCUCAGUGGGGAUCCGACGGUGGGCCAUGGUAAAGACCUGCUUCCUGCCUUACAGAGAGCCAGGAACAGCGGACUUAAGUUAUCGCUGCACCUCUCCGAAGUUCCGUCUCAGCUGGAGGAGUCCGAGCUGCUGCUCAAUCUGCCUCCGGACCGGAUCGGUCACGGCACCUUUCUGCAUCCGGACGUCGGCGGAUCACAGAGCCUUGUUGACAAAGUGGUGAAGAAUAACAUCCCUUUGGAGCUUUGCUUGACAUCAAACGUCAAAGGACAAACUGUACCAUGUUACUCCCAGCAUCACUUUAAGUACUGGUACCAGAUGGGCCACCCAAGCGUCAUCUGUACUGACGAUAAAGGCGUGUUCAGUACAGACUUGUCUCAGGAAUACCAGCUGGCGGCGUCCACGUUCGGUCUGGGUCGCGAGGCCUUGUGGACGCUCUCCCGGCAGGCCAUCGACUUCAUCUUUGCGGCUGACGCCGUGAAGCAGCAGCUCAAGCAAAAGUGGACUCAGUUAGAGCCUCAUCUGCUCAAAUGACAGGUUUAGCCUAGCGUCGUCCAACCGCUUACCUCACUUCAUAGAAAAGGGAAAACGACUACAUUUUUACUUUUACAUCUUUGUAGCAAUCAUAACAUUACAAAAAGUGAAAACACUCGACACUGUUUUGUUUGACACUCUUGCACUGAGGUGCACAAUUUUAAACAAGUGAUGACACUGAAGACAUGCUUAUACACUUCUAUAUUUGGCACAAUUAUUGUGAUUAAAAACAAAAAAAAAGCCAAGCGCUUUUCUGUCCAUUACAAAAAAGUAACUACAUCACAUAUUCACUUAAGCACCUUCUUUCCAAAUUUGCCACGUUUGUCCUUCUUGAACUUUCCGUGCUGCAUGUCCUUCUUCUUCUGCUUUCCGUGCUGAAGACCUCCAUUGCUCGCCACAGCGUUUCCCGCAUCAAGUUUCCUCUUAUUGUCACUGGUGGGAAUGGAUUGAAAAGCACCAACAUGCAUUAGGCUGGAUGCAGGUCCAAGUGCCCGUUUCUGAUUUAAUUCCGAGAUCAGACUGCUUUUUUUUUUUUUGUUUUUUUUUUUUUACUGGAACCGCGUACAUUUCAAAUGACGGAUAUCCGAUAUGACUGCCUUCCUACUGAAACAACCUUUAGGAGCAGACGUAAUUGCAUGUAAACAACUCCACAAGAGUCAAAAUAUCAGGCAGCGACAACACAGAAAUUAACAUUAAUAAAUGUUACAUAGCCUUUAUUUGGCCUUGGCUGACUCUUCCUCCCCCACUGACUUAAAUGAGGGUAACUUAAACAUUACUCCACUGGCCAUCUGCAAUUAUUUUUCCUGAUCGACAAGCCUAUAAUUUUGCAUAUUUACCUAUUUAAUGGUUUAUGCUUUGGCUUUAUAGUGAUACCCCACAUAUUUGCAGUUGGGCAUUCACAGUUUUUGUUUUGUCACCUAUCCUGCUUUAGUCAUUGAAAAAUUGAUGCAGGAUUCGCUGGAUUUGUCACAUUGACGAGGCAUCCAUUAUGCACGUUUACACUGCGCUCGCAUUGGCAGAAAUCCGAUUGCAUGCAUUUGCUGUUGCUACGACGCAUAUCUGAAUCGUGUCACUUGAGCCAUGCAGUGUAAAGGGCAGUGUGACCGAACAGUGUUGGUCCUUACGGCACCUUCUAAUGCUGACCAGCGCCGUGUUCCCAGCUUUCUUCAGCACCUCAUUCCAUUCCUCAUCAUGUCCGCGGAUCUUGUACCUGGAAACGCAAGGAUUAGAGGAUCACGUCGACGUCUAUCUUAUUUCUUACACGGGCUGAGAUGUGCCACACUUACUCUUCUAAGUCAAGGUCCAUCACUUUCUCUUUAUCCCGCUUGUGUUUCUCCUCAAACUCCCUCGCUGCCUCGUUCUGACAAAAGAGAUUUUCACUUUUGGAAAUCAGUAAUGUACGCGGUUGUCAACGAGUUGACAUCUGCACGGCACUAGUACUACUAGUGAAGCACUAGAUGUUAAGUAUAUUUUUAUGUUACUACUAGUACUAGUAGCAUGCCAUGCAGUUGUCAACAAGUACAUCAUUUUGCCCUAGUUCUACUAGUGCAGUAAUAAUCCACCUCAUCAGGGGUUUUAUUUAAAUUAUGAAAUUUCCCCUAAUUUGUCUGAAAAAGUAAUUAUUACAAAUAUAUCUUUUAAAAUAAUCGGUUAAAUGAAUGUGCAGAAUUAAUUAUUUUAUCACUAAAAUUGACAAAUACUUUUGAACUUUUUUUUUUGGGGUCUGUUUUUAAAAUCGACUUGGAGCACAAAAGUUUGCCAACCCCUGCCUCUCAAUUGUCCUCAGGUGUGAAGGGUUUGUUUGUCAAGGGUGUACUCUGGCCAAGAGUCAGCUAAAGGCCUCUUUAUACGCCCGCAUUGCAUCACGUGACCGACGAAUUGCCCCGCGCAGCACCUCUGCGUAGCUUGCGGCGCACUCGACAAAAAUAGUUGCUGCGCGUCGAACGCCACGGAGAUCAUCUCUCGCGAUUGGUCCGUUUUAGUCACAUGCUGUGAUGACGUACCAGCGUGCCCCUCGCUUCUACAUACCAGCUACGUCGCCGCCUUCUCGAUCGAUUUUGCAGCACAAUUAAACGUGUCAUCUAGGUCCAUUUGUUCUGUCGCGGUAGCCGUUGCUGGUGCUUUGUUCCUUGUUACUGAAAGGAAAGUUAAAAACGGCUACCGGAAAUGGCCCAAAAAAAUGCAGCGGAAACUCCACCCUGCGGAGUCCUAGCCAAUACCAGCCGUAGCGACACGCCCGACUUGGAGGAGGACGGCAGCACACUUUCAAAACAGCGCGUGGGUUGCGCUCGAGUAUAAAGGCAAACUACGCGUGGGACAGCCGCAGUGACGUCAGCGUGGGUAUAAAGAAGCCUUAAGAUAGGCUCCAGCUCGCCCACCACCCUGAUGAGGACAAGCUCUAUUAAAAACGGGUGGAUCAAAGUGUUUUUCAUAAAAUUCUGUACUGUAAUUAUAAUGUCUUCUUUGUCAAUUGACUGACUGUUGUCGUACUAGAGCGGCUCCAACUACCGGAGACAAAUUCCUUGUGUGUUUUUUGGACAUACUUGGCAAAUAAAGAUGAUUCUGAUUCUGAUUUGACUAUUGCAUGAGAGUAGGUUAGUGACAGACCACGGCGCGUUCUGGCUUGCUCCGUCGUAAAUAUUAUAAUAUUUGUGAGGCUUCGUAAGAGUGACCUUACCAGAUCAUCAUGAAGGCUUCGGACAGUGGGCUCCAUGGUGACCUCUUUUGUUGUUGCCAUCUCUGCUUCGAUGGCCUUUUCUUGGAUAUUGGUAAAAACCUACAACAAACAGGUGGGUCUCAAUAAAUGAAAAAUAAAGUGAACCCUCGCGAUGAUAUGCUAUGAUAAUAACAAUGAAAUAUAUUUCACUCUUCAAAGUUAUCACAAAAUACUUAUUGAAUUGAACUACCAAAAUAAAUUCUGUUUUCCAUUAUAUUAAAAUUAAAGCUUUAAGCACUUCGCUAGUGACUUUGAUGUUUUCUUUAAGAUCAUACUGCAGCGACUGGUGACUGUGGUGAACUCACUUGCACAAAUUUGCGCGCGAGGCGGUUGAAGAGGCCCAUGAGUUGCGAGCUCGGAAGGUCCAACUCCUUUUCCAACCGCUCCACCGAUUUGUGUUGCAGUCCGAUGCCCAACAGCGUUGCCUGGAAAACAGGAACCGUACGUGACACUCCGUCCAAAAGUCAAAGCGAUUACAGUCGACUCCCCGCAUAGUUGCGGUUCCUUGACCUGGCAAAACGUCUGCAAAUUAUAUAUAUUUUUAAUUUUGUGGCAAAAUACCUUUUACACUAAAGUAUGUCUAUACUUUCGGAGAACAGUUUUGAAUUUACAGUGGUUAUAAUGUCCAUUUUGUAAGGUAUAGUCUCGUGUUUACCUAUUAUGAGUUCAUGUCGUGAGGGCUCUGGUGGGAUGUGAACAGCCAACUUGAAUACAGCACUGAACUAAUUUGUUAGAUGAAGAAAGAAAAAAACGAAAAAAAAAAACGUCCGCACUGCAUUUCAACGUCCA